GCGACUUAAGAAGUUAUCUCUGUUACAUUAACACUGUCCCUGAUUAUAAGCGAUAAUGCAUUUGAGUCCAUCAAAUGCUCUUAUUUUGUUUGCCCUGGUUUCAAAUGUUUUUAUUGGGCCUGUGUCAUCACAGUGGAUAGAAAUAGGCACAGAGUUGAGGAGGUCAAUUGGAUCUGCAAUUACGAUAAGAGACUACUUCCAAAUUGAGGGAUAUAUUAGAGUAUUUGAAGCAUACGAAUGGAUCAGUAUGGCUCCAGGCACGAACUACUAUUGGGUUUCAUUUACAGUCGACUCUACGGCUGGAACUAGGUAUUCAUGUGAUGGAGACGUUUUAUGGGAUUUUCGACCUGCCAGUGGGCUAGUAAGGACUCCGUACAAUCCAAGAUGUGUUCCAAUUUACUAAAGUUUCACAACAAUUUGAAUAUAGAGAUACAACUGUCAAUGUAAACUCUUGACAAAAAUAAAGCAAUUGUUGUUUAA